UCAACUUCAUGCUGCUUUGCCACCGCCUUGUGCGCUCGUUCCUACUUCACGCAGUCGCAUAUUGACGAUCGUACGUUGUGCACGGUUUCACAUUCCUUACUUUUUCUACAACAAAUAACUUGACUUGAAGCCAUGGCCUGCUCAGUCGGAGACUCCCCCUCUCUCAAGGACCUGCCGAAGGUGGCGACAGACCUGAAGAGCCAGCUCGAAGGGUUCAACACCAGUUGCUUGCGUGACGUCGACACUAAUGAGAAAAUCGUGCUGCCGUCCGCUGAAGACGUAGCGAAAGAAAAGCAACACUCAGCACUGCUGCAAGGCGUAGAGACAUUCCAACCAGCUUCUCUGAGGAGAACGGACACCGUUGAAAAAAUUGUGCUACCGAAUGCAUUAGAUGUUGCCGCUGAAAAGAGCCAAAAGUCCCUAUUUGACGGCAUCGAAAAGUUCGACGCAACCAGGCUGAAGCAUACAGAAACACAGGAAAAGAAUCCUCUUCCUGACAAAGAUGUUGUCGCAGCGGAGAAAGCACACCAAAACCUUUUGGACGGUGUUGAGCACUUCGACAAGACCCAGAUGAAGCACACGACGACGGAAGAAAAGAAUCCUUUGCCGCCCAUAGAAGCUAUCGAAGCCGAAAAGGAGAAGAACAAGUUCCUGAACGGCAUCGAGAACUUCGAUCCCACCAAGCUAAAGCACACGGAGACUUGCGAGAAGAACCCGCUGCCCACCAAGGACAUCAUCGAGCAGGAGAAGACUGCUUGAAUGCCCUACAUACACCAGCAACUAUAUCUCGCUAGUAUCGCUCUAUUUUAAUCUCGAUAUAAGUUAUUUAAGUAUUGGACCAGUUUCAACAGUCCAUCAUUUAGCUUCCUCAAACAAAGACUCAAUAACCAGCUGUCAACAACAUUGAGGAUACAAACUGGUCUUUAUCAUUAGCAUAUAGGAACCAAAUUUUCUAUGUCACUUUUUAAUGGUAUAAUUAAAUAAGUGUAUUUUAUGAGCAUUUUAUAAUUUAAUUUAUAUUGAGAUGAUUAAUUAAGUAUUAAUGUCCAGUACUGAUUUUCGUUUAAGUCGGGAACACACUGCACUCCAACUUAAAAUAAAUAUAAUAUAUCUAUUUGUUAUGUCACUUGUGCUUGUGUUCUCUUUAUUAUAAUAUAAACAUAACGAUUUUAUUUUAAUAUUAUUUCAAAGAGAUAAUGCAUCCGAUUCCGAUGAUAUCUCUGGUCAGUAAAUAAUUAGGAGUGUAGUUACCAUUUUUCAUUUGGAUCUAAAUUACUUUUAAGACUUUUGUUUCUCAGUUAAUUUAAUGUCAGUCUAAUUAUAUUAACUAAGAAAUGAGUGAAAUGUCAUCGAAAAUGGUAGUGCUAUAAUAAUAUUAAUUGCUCAACCGUGUAAGGUUUAUAUAAUGUAAGAUUGGUCUGUUUUGUGACGCAAUACAUUGAUAGAACAGAACUGAAUAAUCACAAUAAAUUUUUAUACCGUCGUAUACACAAUAUUUGUUUUCAACUUUUUAUAAUACUAUGCUAUCGAUGCCAAUCAACAAUUUUAACGGGAUUUUGUAUGUUUUACAGAAGGUGCUUUUUAUAAAUAUAGAAUGAAAAAUA